AUCUGUUUUGUAAAAAAAGAAAAAACUAAAAAAUUAACCAAAUUUCUUGUAUAUUUUUUUUUCUUCUACAUCGGUCGAUUAUUUUUACAAAUUUUCUUCGAUAAUGGCUAUGACAAUUCUUCAAAAACUCUCCUUGCAAUGUCUCAAAACAGAACAACCACUUUUAACAACUGUCCGAAAUGCUAGCAAAAAAACCGGAGGCAGUUCGCGUAACAAUCCAAAACAUCCGCGACCAAAACAUCGUGGUUGGCGUGUACAAGAUGGUUGGUAUGUUGCCCAAGGAACGAUAUUAGCUACACAAAGGACAACAAGAUUUCAUCCUGGAUUAAAUGUUGGUUUUGGACGCAAUGGAACUCUGUUUGCCAUGGAACAUGGAAAAGUUUACGUAACUUGCGAAAAAUUAGAUCCCAAUUGGGAUCACACUUGGGUACAGCGUCAUUAUGCUGGACGAAUGGAUCAACAAAUUCAUAAGAAAUUCUUUAAUGUCAUUACCGAGAAGCAACAUCAACGUUUUAAGUUGAUUGAUGAGAUUUAAGUUUAAGAAAAAUAAAAAAAGAGAAUACAAAAUUGAAAAGGUAACUUUUUAUUCAA